GUUACACGUCAUCAACUCGCGACUGCAGUCGAAAACAGCAGCUUUCAGUUAGUUCUUCCUUUGACAAGGGCCCCGUUAGUUCAGGUUGUAAAUAACAUGGGAGAGGUUAGACUGAAAAAGUAAACAGUGCUUUUUAGUAUCGGGGACAUUUUGUCCACCUCUAGUCCGCGUGUAUAAAGUAGGAGCUACAGCUAGUUGGAGAGUUAACCCGCUAACUGUGGCUACACGUGGUACCGUUCGUUUUCAGCUUUUUAUUCGUUUGGUCUUUAGGAAUGUUAUUUUUAGCAGACAAAAGAAACCAGUAGCGAUAGAGAAACAAUAAAAAUGCCGCGAUCUGGUAAGAAAAACGGCAUACCGGACAGAUGGCUGGAUUACACCGCUGUUGGGAGAAGGCUUCCCAGGACACGGUUCAUUGCCUUCAAGGUGCCGCUCAAGCAGUCUUUGAACCACAAGCUUCCAUGUUCGGACGUGUUUGGCCCCUGGGAGCUGCUGGACUCUCUGAAGAAAGAAAAUCAAGAGCUUGGUUUGAUCAUCGACCUCACCUUCACCACACGCUACUACAAACUACAGGAUUUACCAGAGUCACUGCUGUAUGUGAAGAUCUUCACGGCGGGACAUGAGGUUCCUAGCGACGAGACGAUCCUCAGCUUCAAACGUGUUGUGCAUAGGUUUCUACGAAACAACGCAGAUAACGACAAACUGAUCGGAGUCCACUGUACCCACGGCCUGAAUCGCACUGGUUACCUGAUCUGCAGGUACCUGAUAGAUGUCGACGGGAUGGAUCCUAAACAGGCUGUGGAGUUGUUCAACUCGUCACGGGGCCACACUAUAGAGAGACAGAACUACCUUCAAGACCUGCACUGUGGACCAAAGAGGAGCAACAAGGGGAUAGACGAGUGUGCGCGGGUGCCAGAGAGAGGUACCGCCGUGCAUCGGCCGUGUUACUCUUCACUAGCCUCUGAUAGCAGGAAGGAGAGCCGACCACACCUUAGUGAGCCCAGGCUCCGCAGAGCUGUCCCUCCUCAAAGACUGAACCCCUGCUCACAUCUCCGCCCUCCACGUGAGGCCUUCCUCCCUCCACCUCCUUUUUAUUCACCCAUGAGAGUCCCUCUCCCUCUCCACCCGUAUCGAUGGACCCCCCCUCACUGUGACAGUCAGUGGGGUAGAGGAGCCCCCUACCCCGGGGAGGGCGGGUCCAGAUACUCCUCACCAGAUUCACAGUGGAGUCGAGACCCCCGCCUACAGAUGGACAGAAGAAGAGGUCCUCUCCCUCCUGCCCUGCCUCAGUACUCCCCACGCUGGGCCUACUCGUCCAGCAGCUGUGAUGGACCUGAGGAGAGGUGGGCCGGUCCCAGAAUGAAGCAUCACUACAACGCACAGUGACCCAGCCCUGCUAGUCCUGUCUACAUGAGGCGGACCCCAGGACACUGAGCACGGCUUCGCUCUUCCACGUCGGGGUUAACCCUGUCCUUGCAGGCAGCUUGUCCUGAACAGCCGUCUCCAUUAAUCUGCUGAGUAUUGUCUGAAACCAUUAGUAGCUUGUUCUUUAAAAAGGUAGAAGUUAAACUGAGAUAUGUCAUCGCACCGUUACAGAGAGACGAACACCAUCAGUUUACCGUCACAAGUGAAGGUUCAUGUUCGGAACCAGUGAAAUUUGGACUUGUUUGUCUGACUGUUGAAGGUCAACAGGUCAAUUCUAAUCCAGUACAGGUGUGUGUUCUGUGUCGGUGCACAAGAACACGGUAAACAAGCACGGUGCUGCUCCUCUGCGUCUGACUGCAGGGACUGAUGGGUAGCGAGUGUUUCUCCAGUGUUGCUGAUGACUCCUCGUUUUCUAACCAUCGGGUCCAUUUCACCUUUUACUGCGUCCACACAGCUGACCUGAGAGGAGAAGCGUGUUUCUCUGGUGGCUGUUGAUACAGUCAGUACAGUGGAGCCUGGUCUGCACGUGACGUCUCAGCAUGUUACUCUGCUAACAAGGUGACUGUCGUUACGACGUUGAGUAACAGUUCAUCCACAUCACAGAUGGGAACAGUGUAGAUGCCACAUGUUUCACAGGUGAUGUGAUAUUUGACAGUGUUUUCUUUACAGUUAUAUGCUGUGAUUUUAUUUUAUAUAAUGUGACUUUACAUUAAAAUGUAAUAGAAACAUUUCACUACCAAAGUAACAAAAACAACUUCAAGAAUGUAUCUUUUAGUAUUUGUUGGGAUUGUUUCUUUUAUCACACGUCUAUUUUUUAACAAAAGUACGUCCUGGUAGCAACAAAAGAAUAAAUAGAAACUACUUAUGAAGGGUAAUUUCACUGUCACUAGUAGGGAAGUGCACGUUUUAAUGUAACAAAGUUCUUCUAUUGAUCUGACUUUUGUGCAUAUGAUGAAUAAACACUUUGACUUUUGUAACAAAGCAAACAGCUGGAAAAUUGGUUGUGAAUUGAGCGAGUUAUGUUUUAUCAGUGCACCAGGAGGCUUCCCUGUACCAACAUGGCGGCAGCAGCUGCUCAUGUGGAAUCUUAGUUGUGUUAAACAUAUCAAUAAUAAACCAUUGUG